GCGACAUGCGCAUCAGUCGGCUUCCUGGCUCUCCGGUUUGCGCCAUUUUCUUCCUCUUUGCUAGCUAGCUAGCUUAGAUACCGUAUAAAUACAUUGAUUUAGGCCCUCUUCUUAUUUAAUUUAGCACACCCAGUUAGUUAGUCGACAUUUAUACCAAUCGAUUUCUGAACAUGGAAGACGAAAGCCACCCCAAAACCCUGUAUGUUGGUAACCUGUCCAGAGAUGUAACAGAAAUUUUGAUUCUUCAGCUGUUCACCCAAAUUGGACCUUGCAAAAGUUGUAAAAUGAUAACUGAGCAACCCGAUAGCAGGAGGAUGAACUCUUCUGUCGGAUUUUCUGUUUUGCAGCAAUCAAGCAAUGACCCGUAUUGCUUUGUGGAGUUCUUUGAACAUAGAGAUGCUGCUGCUGCCCUAGCAGCCAUGAACGGGAGGAAGAUAUUGGGAAAGGAGGUCAAAGUAAAUUGGGCCACCACUCCAAGUAGCCAGAAGAAAGACACAUCUAAUCACUUCCAUGUAUUUGUUGGAGACCUGAGCCCUGAGAUCACCACUGAGGAUAUCAAAGCCGCAUUUGCACCUUUUGGGAAAAUCUCGGAUGCUCGUGUUGUGAAGGACAUGACUACAGGGAAAUCUAAGGGGUAUGGAUUUGUGUCCUUCUAUAACAAACUGGAUGCAGAGAAUGCCAUCGUGCACAUGGGGGGACAAUGGUUAGGGGGACGCCAGAUCAGGACCAACUGGGCAACUCGCAAGCCACCCGCCCCAAAGAAUGUGCAAGACAAUGGCUCGAAGCAGCUGAGGUUUGAAGAUGUAGUGAACCAAUCCAGUCCCCAGAACUGCACCGUGUACUGUGGAGGAAUCCAGUCAGGACUAUCAGAGCACCUCAUGCGACAGACAUUUUCGCCCUUUGGACAAAUCAUGGAAAUAAGAGUUUUCCCAGAGAAAGGUUACUCUUUCAUCAGGUUCUCCUCCCAUGAAAGUGCUGCCCAUGCAAUUGUUUCUGUAAAUGGAACGUCCAUCGAAUGUCACAUAGUUAAGUGCUACUGGGGCAAAGAAUCCCCCGACGUUGCCAAAAACAUACCACAGAUGGAGUAUGGUCAGGGUCAGUGGGGACAAUGGAACCAAAUGUAUGGGAGCCCCCAGGCCCAGCAGUAUGGACAACAGUAUAUGGCAAAUGGAUGGCAAGUGCCCUCUUAUGGAGUGUCUUAUGGACAGUCUUGGAAUCAGCAAGGAUUUGGUGUAGAGGACUCCAUUCUGGCUGCAGCAGCACAGAACAUUUCAAGACAAACCCAGUCCCCAGCCUGGGUGGGAGGGUUUGGAUCCCCGGCACCGUCCCAGCCCCAGACCGGUCCUGUGAUGCCCAACCAGGGAAACUUCAACAUGGCUGGCUACCAGACACAGUGAGCAGGCUCUCACUCACAUCAGUAACACAGUCAUGUCGGAAUUAGUGGACUUUCAAUUAGGAGAACAUAAAGAAAUGAGCAUUGUAAUCAUCUGGAGAGAUUGUGUGUUAAAGCAGAGAAGA